AAACAUACAAUUAGACGAGAAACAUCCUUUAAGAAGAAAUUCGUCGUAUGCAGUUACCCCGCACGCAUGUCAGGCACAAUAGAAACGUCUAUUGCCGGACAACAGGAAACGUGUAAGCCGACAACUUCGGAUAUCCUCGGCCCUUAUUACUUAGAGAAUGCUCCGAGAACUAAUUGGAUCUGCCAGCAAAGGGGCCACAGUUCCAAGAAAUCACGAGACAUUGUAGUGGAGGGCCGGAUUCUGGACGAGAACUGUCGACCGUUGCCAAAGGCGCGUAUUGAGAUCUGGCAAGCUGGCGCGGAUGGUAAAUAUUCGUCAAAGUUCGAGUGUAGGGGGCAUCUUUUCUCCGACGAUGACGGCCAGUAUGCCUUCAUUACUGUUCGUCCGGGCAAGUAUACCAUGGAUGACGAAUUUAGGCCGGCACACAUCCAUUACCGGAUCGUCAAACCACUGUUUUCUACGCUUGUAACGCAGCUGUAUUUCAGCGGGGAUUCAAGCCUUGGAGAGAAGGACGCAUGUGCUGUGUGUCACUCCGGAAGUAGCGACUUAGUGACCCCUAUCAUGGACAGUUGCGACACUUUAGACGGUGGCGGAGAGUGCUGCAUAGCUACAGCACACUUUGACAUUGUCCUGGCUCGUAUCAAUGGUACGUUGGCAGACGCCAAGGUUUCAGACAAACAAAAAUAGAAACCAUCAGACUGGCAUUAGAGAGGGAAAUGUACAGACCUGUGGUGCAAGGUUAUAUCGCAUAUAGCCGCUAGAUAUGUCGCAUGAAUGAAAUAUAUAAUUUUAUUUAAGUACUUUGACUACUGUUUUCACGUUAACAUUUUCUUUGUUGUUAAUUAUCAAUGUUGU